AUGGCAGCAAACAAGACCAUCAUCGCGUUCGAUCUAUACGGAACGCUGCUCUCGACAGGGUCUAUCGCAAAACAGCUCGAGGGAUUGGUUGGCUCGGAACAAAAAGCCUCUCAAAUCGCGACGGCAUGGAGAAAGUAUCAGCUGGAAUACACGUGGAGAUUGAACAGCAUGGGGCAAUUUGACACCUUCUUCAACGUCACCAGAAACUCACUGUCACAUGCAUUGGCUGAGAGUAAUGCCGAACUACGAAACGAAGACAUCGACGUGCUUAUGAAGGCGUAUGAUUCUCUGUCUACGUUUCCGGACGUGAUACCGGCUCUGACCAGCCUUGCCGCCAACCCCGACAUCACUGCUGUCGUGUUCUCCAAUGGGACUCAGUCAAUGGUCUCCAACUCGGUAUUUCACUCCAAGGACUUGUCACCCCAUGCUGGGGUGUUCCACGACAUGGUGACGGUGGACAGCGUCAAGAAGUAUAAGCCGGCGCCGGAGGUCUACUUUCAUCUUGCGGAGAAAAUGGGGAAACAACAAUCGCAGAUGGGAGACAUGUGGCUCGUAAGCGGCAAUCCCUUUGACAUAGUAGGUGCGCGAAGUGUUGGAAUGAAAGCCGCUUGGGUGGAUAGAGCAGGUCACGGAUGGCAGGAUGCCGUGAUGCCAGAGCUGCAGCCGACGGUGAUCGGCGCUGGUCUUGACGAGAUCACGCUGCCGCAAGCCGUCAGCCAUGCCAUGGAAUUAAAUUAA